AUGCUGCGGAAAGGGCAGAGCAAGCGUGGGCACGCAUUGGUCGGGUUCCAUGCUGCAGCCGCGAGCCCCGCGCCGCCGAUGAAGAAGCUGCGGGCCGGCAGUAGCCACGCCGACCCGCCGCUGCGCAUUGGGCAAAGCGCGAGCCCAGCAACGCCGCAAACACGGCGCUUCUCGCCGCCCAAGCAACAGCAGCAACAGUGGCAGCGAAUCUUCGCGUCGCUGGCUGUGAUCGCGGCCGAGGCGGAUGGGCUCGGGCGGGUGCUGCCUGGCGGCGCGCCGGCAAAGGAGCCUGCCGAGGCGGGGGCGAUCGGCGAGGCGGCGGUGCUCAAGGCGCUCCGCUUGCUCCUCCCGCGUCGCGGCACGGGCUGGGACGGUGCAACCGCCACUGCAACCAAGCGUUUGGCCGGCUUCACGACCUCGGCAGUCACCACGCUCCGCCCGCGCUUGGUCGCGUUGCCGUGCGGUGGCUGA